CAUCCCUAGUUGCUUCGCAUUAAAUUUUUUUACCUACUGGACAAGACUUGAACGGAAAAUUCCCGGAAAAAGCAGAGAUAAUACGGAAUAAACGGUGUCGCCAUGUCCUACCAACUGUACCGCAACACCACGCUGGGCAACACCUUGCAGGAGAGCCUCGACGAGCUGAUUCAGUACGGACAGAUCACGCCCGGAUUGGCCUUCAAGGUGCUGCUGCAGUUCGACAAGAGCAUCAACAACGCCCUAAAUCAACGGGUCAAGGCCCGCGUCACCUUCAAGGCUGGAAAACUGAACACCUACCGCUUCUGCGACAACGUCUGGACCCUCAUGCUCAACGAUGUGGAGUUCCGCGAGGUCCACGAGUUCGUCAAGGUGGACAAGGUCAAAAUCGUGGCCUGCGACGGCAAGAGCGGCGAGUUCUGAACACCACCGAUCCGAUCUGAACAUGUAUCGUGUACACCAUUAUAAUAAUUACAAAUAGCUGUAAGAUCUAUAGUCGAUAAGCUGGGUUGGCCACCGAAAACCGACCGUGUGAUGCAGUAGGCAUUGCAAGAAAUACACUGUUAAUUCGUAGUUCAA